UGUAAGUCACGAAUAUUUUUCAUCAUGAAGUUUUUACUUGUUUUUAUUUUAGCAAUUACUUUUGCUGAAAGUAGCCCGCGUUAUGAAAAAUAUCAAAAGUUGAUACAAAAAAUAGCAAAAAGUCCGCUUCUUCAAAAGAGUUUUGAAAGUAAUCUGAAGAUAUUUGGAGGUGAAGCCGAGAAAAGUGAAUUUCCCUGUGAGAUAUUACCACCAUCGCCCACAGUACCCACGUCAGUUCAUCAACUACGACCAAGUGAUAUAAAGAUUGUUGCAGCUUUGGGUGAUUCCUUAACAGCUGGUAAUGGUAUUACUGCUAAAACUAUAUUAGGUGUAUUAAGAGAAGACAGGGGUGACUCUUUUAGUAUUGGAGGGGAUGGUACAUUUGAAGAUCAGAUAACCAUACCUAAUAUUCUCAAGCGAUAUAAUCCUAGUAUCACUGGUUACUCAACAAAGUCCGGGGACAUCAAAAAGAAAAAUUCAGCAUUCAACGUGGCUGAUCCUGGAAAUGUUUUUAUGGAUUUAACAGAUGAAGCUAACUUGUUAAUAUCUCGUAUGCAAGCUGAUCCUAACAUAGAUAUAAACAAUGACUGGAAACUUAUCACAAUUUUAAUAGGAGAUAAUGAUCUGUGUGAUAUCUGUAAUGAAGAUGGACAUGAAGCAGAAAGAUAUAUUGCCACGAUGGAAAAAACCCUGCAAAUACUUCAAGACAAUUUACCCCGCACUAUUGUUAAUGUAGUAGAAGUUCUUAAUGCGAAUAUAGUGAAGAAAUUAAACAAAGGUCUAAUAUGUUCUGUUGUUCAUUUUUUUCUGUGUAAAUGUGCAGCGUAUCCUAAAAAUGAUGUAGCAGAACAAGAGUUGAUUAACAUGACACGACUUUAUCAAACAUCUCUCCAUGAUCUAGCUAUAUCAGGAAAAUUUGACACAAAAGAUGAUUUUACUGUUGUUGAUCAACCUUUCUUUAGGAAUACGUAUCCUCCUACUAAGGCUGGAUCCGAUGAUUUAGAUCUUUCUUAUUUUGCCCCAGAUUGUUUUCAUCUGAGUAGUAAAGGACAGUCUAAUACAGCUACAGCAUUGUGGAAUAAUAUGUUUCAGCCAGUUGGACAGAAGACUUUAAAUUGGGAAUUAGGCAGCCCCAUAACCUGCCCCACAGAGGUAAGUCCUCCAUCUAAAAAAAUCCACACAUAUAUACCAAUAAAAACAGUGGCGGUGGCCAGAAUUGAAGUGAAAGCAUGGACAUUUAUGGAUUCCGGAAAGGAAAUACCCAACACUUAA